AGCCACACAGAAUACAGUGACAUUUCAGCAACACACUGAUCGGACUGACCUAACACACUAGCGAAAAACUCAGAGGAGUGAUACCGAAGAGCAAAUAACAGAAGAGUGGGAUCAAGAUUGUACUGGUGGAAUAGGAUGGAUUACGCCAAGAAGUCUCUCAAUCUGUUCACGCCUCUCUCUGACAUAUCUCACAGGUGUGUCUCAGCCAGCGCUUCUGUCCUCCCGAGUUUCAGCCCACGCCCCAGACCAUUCCGGGUCAACAACUCUGACCGCUCUGUAAAGAAAGGCAUCAUGGCAGAUGGGCUGAGAGACUUGCUGGACAAGACAAUGGAUGCCUUCCAUGUGUCCUGUGUGGCCGGUCUGGUGCUUGAUGAAGACGGGACAGGAGUGGACACAGAGGACUUCUUCAACACUCUGAAGGACAGCACUGUGCUCAUGGUCCUGGAGAAAGGACAGAAGUGGACGCCUCUGCAGAAGCCUGAUAGUCAGAUCGGGGAACGCAAAAAAAAGCACAGGAAGGACCUGGCCAAACUGACCCUGGACUUUUACAAGAACCAUCCUAAAGAAUUCAUUGGCUGCCUGAACGUGCAUAUGACUCUCUACGGGAUGUACUCCAUGUCAUAUGACCUGCAGUGCUACCAUGCUAAGAGGAUGCUGAGGGAGUUCUUAAGAUGGACUCUCUUCAGUAUGCAAGCCACCGGCCAUGUCUUGCUGGGAACCUCAUGCUACAUGCAGCACCUUAUUGAUGAGGAAGAGAAAGCUGAGGCACUACUAGCUGAAUCUGAGUACAUGAAAAAACCAUUGCAGGCCAUUCAGUGGAAAAAGACUGCAGCUGACCACAGAAACUAGACACCUGGGUGCAGACAGGCCAACAGAAUAUUGACUAGACUCAUUUUUGCUCCGAUAGCUGGGAAAGCAGCGGGGUGUCAUGUUACCUAUGUUACAGAGCACAGCUAUAAUGGCAGGACCAUUUGUAGUAUGAGAACAACCACUUUACUCUAUAUACUAUAGUCUGCAGUCCAUAUAAAUAGGACAGUGACACAGUUUUUCUUGUUGUGGUCUGCACACAAAGCAUACCAAUGGAUCUGAAACGACUAUUAUGCCAUGCAUAAAAAACAAACUAAAUGUCUUUAGUUCAUGCCAUGAACAGGAAAACUGGAGGUAAUUCUAGUAAUAGUUUCUAACUUAAUCAAUCAAAACAUUAGGAACCAAUUAGUUACAUGGACAUUGAUUAAGCCUAGGCUUGGGCUCAACACUGGUGCCAAUGGUGAAUCACCACUGAAAUGUCUGUGCUUAGACUCUGGGUUUAAUCUGGGUCUGAGGAACUGGCCCUUGGUGUGUCGAAAUCAGCUGAUGGUUAUCUACCUAUAUAACAUAAAUGCAAAGUUUUGCUUUAUAUACUUGGUAGUUGUGUGUACAUACAGCAUGUGUUUUUUUGUUAAAAAUGUCUAAAUCUAAAGCUAUUUGUAUUUAUUCACAUUUCUGACAUUUUCUGACUGCUUUAAGAAUGACUGCUGUUUUAUUUUGUAAUGCUUUUCAUGAGUCAUAUUUUUUCCUAAAGUAUUUGGAUUAAAUGUUAAGUUUUAAUGCUUCUGGGGAUAUUGCCCAACA